CGCACCGGAAGUGCUUCCUCCUCACGCUCCCUCAGGUGAAUCCAUUUCUCUGCACACUGAGCUGCUGCGUCCAGCUUUCAAUCGUCAGUCGGCAAAAAUGAGCGACAAAGGUCUGACGGACGAUGCAGUGGCUGCAGCUUGUAAAGAUGGAGACCCGAUAACGAAGGACUUCAUGAUGCAGCAGACUAUGCUGAGGAUUAAAGAUCCGGUCAAAUCCCUGGACUUCUACACCAGAAUCCUCGGCAUGACGCUCCUGCAAAAGUUUGACUUCCCCUCCAUGCAUUUCUCUCUGUUCUUUUUGGGCUACGAGGACAAGAAGGAGAUCCCCACCGAUGUUAAGGAGAAGACAUCGUGGACCUUUUCCAGAAGAGCCACCCUGGAGCUGACACAUAACUGGGGCUCUGAGUCUGAUGAGAGCCAGUCCUACCACAAUGGAAACUCUGAUCCACGCGGGUUCGGACAUAUUGGAAUUGCAGUCCCUGAUGUCAAUGCGGCGUGCAAAUUGUUUGAAGAGCAAGGAGUAACAUUUGUCAAGAAGCCUGAUGAUGGUAAGAUGAAAGGCUUGGCUUUCAUUCAGGACCCUGAUGGAUACUGGAUUGAGAUCCUUAGUCCUAACAAUAUGGUGUCCAUCACCUCCUAAACACAUGCUACCUGCUGCAGUCAGUGGAGGCCUGCACCGCUGUGGCUUCAUUGGGAGAUCAAAAACGUUGGGGAUUUAACAGCAUGUGCUGAAGAGCUGAAGGCAAAUGGAGCUGAAUCCUUUGCACAGUGGCGAUCAAUGUGCCCUGCUACGGGCUGGACUAGUAUAACAGCUGAUGAGCACAUAGAUUAGAUGAGUAGCAGCUACUUUGAAGUUUAUCUGCCAUCAUUUGUUUGUAUUUGUUUCCAAAAAGUAAUGCUGAAAUGGUGUUGCUGUCUAAUAAAUGUGAAAGCCACGGUUAUAUUAAA